CUGUGCCUGCCACUGGGUCUCUUUGCCUCAGCCCACCACAUACACAUUCACAGCAGUUCACACUCACACACACGCACCCGCACCCGCACCCACACCCACACACACACACACACACACACAGACACACACACACAUACACACAUGCACACUUGCACCGACAAACAUAUGGAGUACUACUGCUUCAUCCUGCUCUGGAUCUGCAGCCAGCAGUUAGGAUUCCAUGACUGCUUCAAUAUUGACACAAAGAAACACAGGAUAAUUAAAGGCCCUAAACAUGCCCAGUUUGGAUACACUGUGCAGCAACAUGUGGGUGCUGGAGGUGAAAAGUGGUUAUUAGUGGGCGCCCCGUAUGAAAUGAAUGGCCCUUACCAGACAGGGGAUGUUUACAAAUGUUCACUGAGCAAAAGAACCAAUGGCAACGGUUGCUCCAAGCUCAACUUAGGAAGGAUAUCUCUGACCAACGUAUCAGAGCGCAAAGACAAGAUGAGGCUGGGAAUGACGCUCACAUCCAACCCCAAAGACAACAGCUUUGUGGCCUGUGGGCCACUUUGGUCCUACGAGUGUGGCAGCUCUUACUACAGCACAGGAAUAUGCUCCAGGGUCAAUGCAAGCUUCAAGUUCUCUAGAACGAUCGCGCCUGCCUUUCAGAGAUGUGAGACCUAUAUGGACAUAGUUAUUGUUCUGGAUGGCUCAAACUCCAUCUACCCCUGGUAUGAAGUGCAGGCUUUUCUCAUCAACAUCCUUCAGAAGUUUUAUAUUGGACCAGGUCAAAUACAGGUUGGAGUCGUUCAGUAUGGUGAGAAAGUCGUUCAUGAAUUCAAACUCAGCGACUACAAAUCAGUUGAGGAAGUGGUGAAAAGAGCACGCAGCAUUAACCAGCGGGGCGGUGAGGAGACCAACACAGCACUUGGCAUCAACACAGCACGCUCACAAGCUUUCAAACAAGGAGGUCGACGCGGUGCCAAGAAGGUGAUGAUCGUGAUAACUGACGGAGAGUCGCAUGACAGUCCAGAUCUCCAGCAAGCCAUCGAGGACAGUGAGAAGGAUGGAAUCACACGUUAUGCCAUCGCUGUCCUCGGCUAUUACAACCGUAGAGGAAUAAACCCUGAGGCCUUCCUCAAUGAAAUCAAGUACAUCGCCAGCGACCCAGAUGACAAACAUUUCUUUAAUGUGACAGAUGAGUCAGCAUUGAAGGACAUUGUGGAUGCUCUUGGAGAGCGCAUCUUCAGCUUGGAAGGAACCAGUAAGAAUGGGACAGCGUUUGGCCUCCAGAUGUCUCAGGCUGGAUUUUCCGCACACAACGUUGAGGAUGGGAUUCUGGUGGGUGCUGUUGGGGCUUAUGAUUGGAACGGAGCAGUGCUGAAAGAAACACGUCAGGGGAAGGUGGUCCCUCCCAAGUCAUCCUACACACAGGAGUUCCCUGAAGAGCUCAAAAAUCAUGGUGCCUAUUUGGGUUACACUGUGACGUCUGUGGUGUCAGCCAAAAAUGGACGUCUACUCGUAGCUGGAGCUCCACGAUUUAACCACACGGGGAAAGUCAUCAUCUUCACUCUCAAGAACUCAGGCAACCUGACCAUCCAGCACUCCCUCAAAGGCCAGCAGAUUGGUUCCUAUUACGGCAGUGAGAUUGCACCAUUGGACAUUGAUGGGGAUGGCAUAACUGACAACCUUUUAGUGGCAGCCCCGAUGUUCUUCAGUGGCGGCAUGGAGAAGGGAAAAGUCUACAUCUACAGAGUGACAGAGCUGAAUCGGUUUAUUCUUGAAGGGGCGUUGGAAAUCCAUAAAGACGGCCAGAACGCUCGCUUUGGUUCAUCUCUCGCUCCCGUCCCUGAUCUAAACGGUGAUGGCUUCAACGACUUGGUGGUGGGAGCGCCACUGGAGGACGACCACAAAGGAGCCAUUUAUGUUUUCUUUUGCCAGCAAAACAGAAUUCUACGCAAAUACAAACAGAGGAUCGCCGCAGUAGAUUUGGCUCCCGGCCUGCAGUACUUUGGGCGCAGUAUUCAUGGCACAAUGGACAUGAACAAUGACGGUUUAGUGGACCUGGCAGUAGGUUCCCUCGGUGCAGCUGUUCUCCUUUGGUCACAGAGUGUUGUCCGGAUAUAUGCCACAGUCAGGUUUGAGCCCAGUAAGGUCAACAUCUUUGUGAAGGACUGUCAGAGAGGUGGAAAAGACGUGACCUGUAUGUCAGCCAUUGUGUGCUUCAACAUCACUGCCAGGACAGCCAUUCUGCCCACACAGGAAAUUGGAAUCAAAUACAACGUCUCCAUCGCGGAGAGACGUUUCAAUCCCCGGGCCGUACUGGACAACCCGAACAAGCUGCAGCCUCAGAACCUGACGCUGCUUCCUGGAGAGGAGACCUGCGAACACAUCUAUUUCCACGUCAUGGAGACCACAGAUUAUGCAAGACCCAUAAUUUUCGCUGUACAAGUGGGACUGCAAGAUCCAGAGCAAGGACCAGUUCUAGAUGAAAGCUGGCCAACUGUUGUGAGGACUGAGCUGCCCUUCUGGAAUGGGUGUGAUGAGGAUGACCGCUGCAUACCGGACCUUGCACUGCAGAGUAUGACUGACCUGAUGACUCGAAGUCAGUUCUGUGCGCAGCCUGUACAGUCUCGUGGUGCUUUCUGCCGCCAGUUCAGUGAACGAGAGAUGGAGGGAUCUCAGCGUGUGCUGGAGGGAAACAGGAGAAGGAUGGUGGUGGACCUCCGGCUGGAGAACAAAGGAGAGAACGCCUACAGCGCUCGCCUUAAUAUCUCCUACUCACACAAUCUUCGCUUCUCCAGUCUGAUAGUCAAGGACAACUCUGACAUCAAGAUUGAGUGCUACAUCGAGGACAAACUGAGGAAUGAGAAGAUCUGCAACGUCAGUGCUCCAUUCAUGAGGGCCAAGUCUCAGGUCUCGUUUCGCCUGGAGUUUGAGUUCAGUCGUACUGUCUUUCUGGAGCACGUCAGGGUCAUCCUGGAGGCCAGCAGCGACGGCGAGGAAAUGAGCACAGCUGAUAACUUUAAUGACAUCUAUUACUCACUGAAAUACGAGGGAGACCUUCUCUUCACGAGGGAUUCUAAUCCAACCCGGUAUGACAUCAAAUCAGAGCUGUCGCUGGAGGAGCCUGGAGUUAUCGGUCCCCCUGUCAACUUCACUUUCCAGAUCCAGAACCUUGGCUACUUUCCAGUAAAAGAUCUACAGCUGAACAUUGAGAUCCCAGAAAUGACAAAAAAUGGGAACCAACUCCUGCAGAUAUCUGAAUUCCAAAUUGAUCAGAGAGAUGGUACUCACUGUUUACCACCUCAGCAUGUGGCACAGAGCAGAGCGUCGCCUGAGGACCUCACACGCUUCUCCCGCUUGAACCGAUCCAACACCCUGAUUCUGCCAAUCCAAUGCUCCGUCAAUGUGGCCUCCCAAAGAGAAAUUGCAGUUAGAAUCACAGGAGCGCUACGAAUAGAUACCUUACACGCACUGAAGUUUAAAAUCCUCGAGCUGGUAACCAGUGCCUCAGUGGAGCUCCCCUCCUCCAGCCCCAUGUUUCUACAUGAAGAGAGGCCUGUCAGACAUAUAAUAUUGGAGAUCAGGAAGGAGGGCGAUUACAGGAUCCCCACCUGGAUCAUCGUUGGCAGCACGCUGGGAGGACUCCUGUUGUUAGCCCUGCUCAGUCUCGCUCUGUGGAAGCUCGGCUUCUUCCGGAGGCAGAAGAGAAGAGACGAUGACGAGCAGGAGGUGAACGGGAAAGUGGCAGAGGAGCGGUAACGCAGGUUCAGGGCCCCCAGCAGACACCUUUUCCACAGGGGACCCAACACUCAGGGACCAACCCACCUCCCCCUGCUCCCCAACACCACCACCACAGUGGCACUGCAUCGACAGCUCCGCAUGAUGAUGAUCGCUUUUUUCAGUGCACUGGAUCUGUCCCACGCCACGACCCCUGACCCCCAAGAGUCAGCACUGUCACACUCACCUAGCGUUCCUGCACUGUUACGGCGUCAGGGCCUUCUUCCUUCAUGUAUUUACUGCCCUCGUGUCGUCCCUCCGCUCUCGUUUUCUCGGCUCGUGCUCGGCUUUGAAAUGAAGAGAAGAGCAAACUUUGAUUGAUUUGUUCCAAGAAUUUCAGGCCGCAUGUUCCUCCCCCUGAGGCGAACGUCAGCCAAUCACUCUCUUGUCUCUUCUGUGUAUUUAUUUAACUCUUAUGGUAAAUUUUGAAAAACAUUAAAAACCUCAAGGGUGACUUCGCCACCCGAAAGCUACGGCAAGUGUAAAGUUACUAUUCUGUAUAUUGAAUUCGAUGUUUAAAAGAUUUUUAUCUGCAACAUGUUCAGUCGACUUGCAUUAUAAUUUAUAAAGAAACACAACUGAACACACGUCUCCACAACACGAGGAAGAUUCAUGACGUUUGACUUCGAAAGACUUUCUUGAUCUUUCGCUGCAGAGACAAAUCUUCCAAAUACGUAACUUUCACUUCUUUACUUAUUAAUAUUUUCAUCUUGGAAAACAAGCAGGAUGGUCUUUAAACAUUUGAUGCACUUUUACUUUGUACAAAAUUAACUUGAACUUUGUAAAUAGUCAAGUAGCUUUUUAUACCCUUUCAGUAUUAUAGUACUUUUCAGUAUUUUCAUGGCAUUUACAAGGCAAAUUAAAAAAGUAAAAGUAUGUCACUGAACCUGUCACAGUGUGAGACGGCUGCAUGCCUUUCAACAUGCACUGCAUCAGAGCGAAGGGUGUGCAUUGAAUACUGCUGGCAAAACUUUAACAAAACUUUAAAGAUGAAACUGUAACUAAAUGAUUCUGAAGAUGAGUCGUAUGAAUGCACAUAAGUCAGCACCAUCCCAGUGUUACAGAUGAAUGUCAGUUUGUUCUGUUUUGAUGAGGUGUACAGAUGUAAUACACCAACAAAUAAAACAUGUAAACAUAUGUCUACAAAUGUCUUUUGAAUGAUUAUCUGCAGAGAUGCAACUUUAGAAAGAAGGCAUGAGAAACAAAAUCAGAUAAAUGCAUUUGUUGUGUUUCAAACACAGGAUUGUUAACCAGACUUUAGAAAGUUUCUCCAAUGCUGCAGAGAUAUGAACGGUUUUCACAAUUACUUUUGGAUAAAGCCUCAUUUAUCAGCCGUAUUGACUUGAAGGAAACAAAGAGGGGGAAGAUAUAUUGGUAAUUGAUUUGUCCUGCCAGUGUUUUAUCCUGUGCUGGUAUUAUCCAUUUGUCCACACCACAAAAGAUUCAGUCCCCUGAUCCAGAAUGGACGACAGCUGGCAACAAUAAGGCCCAUUACAAUCGAUUUUCCAACAACAAGACUUGCCCGACAGCGUACUUCCAUUUUUUUUCACUUGCACCAACCA